AUGGGCAUGCUAACUUUUGGACGCUUUCUUAGUCGGCCUUAUCCUCACUAUAGGGACGGACCGACCAUCUUUUCCUUCCAGCAGAAGUUUUUGAUGGAAGACGCGAGCUCCCGACAGCGCAGAAAGUCCGAUUCCACCGCCACCAUGAACCCCGUGUCGCUGGCGUCGACGCCCGACGAGCGAGACGCGCCGUUUGAUACCGAUGAAUACGACCAUGACUACUUCUACUCGCCGGUCGCCUCGCCGGAGAAGCUGUCGCGAGAUGGCUCCUUCAACAGCAGCAGCUCCUACCAGGAGGACUGGGAGACGUUUCCGCCCCUGGACAAGCUGACCAUAUUCGACUUGCUCGACAAUAUCCAGCUAUCCCAACGCUUGGAGAGAUGGCAGGAAGCCAUCAACGCCCAGAGAGAAAGGGUGCGGAAACAGCGCGAAAAGCUCAAGUCGACCUCGAUGAAUGCCAAAGAUCGCGUCAUGGAGGAAUUCAAGCGCCGCGCCCCAACGGCGGAUGAGCAGUUCGAAAAGUACCGUCGUCGUGUGAAAUCUGGGGUGGACCGGCUGGGCAAGCAGUGGAACAAGGACGCUACCGUGACGCUGCGCGAGAAGGUGUCGUUUAUUGCCGGUGUGCUGAACGUCUUCAUCAGUGGCUACUUGAUCGGUGCCUGCCCACAAUACUUUUACCUCUGGUUCAGUGCUCAGCUGGUCUAUUUUAUGCCGAUCCGGUAUUACACCUACCACAAGAAGGGCUAUCACUACUUCCUGGCCGACCUGUGUUACUUUGUGAACAUGCUCUGCAUGCUCAGCCUCUGGAUCUUCCCCAAAUCGAAGCGGCUGUUCAUCAGCACUUUCUGCCUGACAUUCGGCAACAACGCCGUGGCCAUCGCCAUGUGGCGCAAUUCGAUGGUCUUCCACAGCAUGGACAAAGUGGUUAGUCUUUUCAUCCACAUCAUGCCGCCGGUCACGCUGCACUGCAUCGUCCACUUGACGCCGGUCGAGAUGCUCAAGGAACGAUUUCCCGCGGUGUAUGCCAUUAAAUUCAGCCAGCCCGGCGAACCGGGACACUACUCACUCGGGGCCAUGAUGAUAUGGGCGACCGUCCCGUAUAUCAUCUGGCAGUUGAUGUACCAUAUCAUGAUCACGGUGCGCCGCGCAGACAAGAUUCGGGAGGGGCGUCCGACAAGUUUCACAUGGCUGCGCAAAUCAUACUCCAAGGCGUGGAUCGGGCGGUUUGUGCUCAGCCUUCCCGAGCCACUGCAGGAGGUAGCCUUCAUGCUGAUCCAGUACACAUAUGCUCUGUCAACGAUGAUCCCAUGCCCACUCUGGUUCUGGUACCGGUGGCCGAGCGGCAUCUUCAUCACCGCCUUGUUCAUCUGGAGCAUCCACAACGGUGCCACCUACUACAUCGAUGUCUUCGGCAAGCGCUUCCAGAAGGAGCUGGAGCAGCUGAAGCAUGACGUUGCCCGGUGGCAAAGCUCGCCCGAGGGGGUGAUGAGCCCGUUGCUUUCCCCAGACAAUGCCUCGUCCAUCGACCUCAGCAGCCGCAGGACGGCCAGUCUCGACCGCAUCCCUCUCUUGGACGCCAAUGUUAACGCCUCCUCGACGGGCGCUCAGACUGACAAGGGCUCUGCUCGAGAGAGAAACUAG